AGAUUUAUAGGAGAAGAUUUUAGAAAAUGAUUAUCGUAAAGCUAUCAAAGAUUGAUAAAUAGCAAAAGAAUAAGGUUAUUCUAAUUCAUUCUUUUAGGUAGUUCAAUGUUAUGAAUUAGUGUAUGGUUAUGGAGUGAAUUUAGAAGAAGCCAAAAGUUAUCAUAAAAAAUUAGCUUUAAAAGGAAAUUUUGCAUAUAAUCUCAAAUACAAGUUAAAUUAGAAAAAUAAAAAUCUUAAUUAAGGAGAUGAUACAUGCAUGAUGUUAUGAAUGAUUGUAGCAACUUUGGAAAGUAGGAAAACUAUUUAUUUGCACAUUAAUACUUGAUUCAAAUAAUGAUAUAAAAUUCAUAUUUCACACAGAUUUAUUUCUACUUAAGAUAUCUCUAAGAAUGUGGUUUUAGAGUUUAAGAGGAUCAAUCAAAAGUCAUUCAUUAUUAUUUUAAAGGUUCUAAACUUAAAAGUUCAUUUUGCAUGACUGAAUUAGGUAUUUUGUUCUGGUGUUACUGAA